AUGUGGAGCUUUCUCAAGAACAUGCACUUGGCCAAGCUUUUCUCUUAUCACAUGGAAUCCUACAAGGAGCUCACUUGCGAGUUCUUAGCUUCAAUGAGGUACCACAUGUAUGAAGAGGAAGAUAGAGCUGAUUUGGACCAAGGAUUGGGAUGGAUCACGUUCUUGGCUAAGGGAGAGAAGAGAAUGGUGACCUUUAGGCAGCUGGAAAUCUUGUUUGGGUUCAACUAUGGAGAGGGUACCAAGUGGAACUUCAAGGAAAAGGAACUCCAAAGGGUUUGGGCUACAAUCGCUGAUGGAGUGUACUCUUCCUCAAGGUCCAAGGCAGCUCAGAUCAGGAGCCCAGUCUUGGGGGUCUUUUGGAGCAUUCUGGAGCAUAUGGGACAUAAGGAGCAUGGAGGGACUUGGCACAUGGAAGCAGCUCAACUGGAUACGCAAAGGAAGAAGGGAGAAGCCAUCUUGAAGACCAGCUCGACCGUCUACUCGACCAACCGGUCGAGUUCCUCAACUCGACCGGCCAAGCUUCAACUCGAUCGAGCUGAGAAGUCAACAGUCAAACCCGAAAAAUGUUGCUUCCCCCUUGACUUUCCUUUGACCCUAAACCUAAUCCUCUUGUAUUUAAAGGCUCUAAGCCACGAAAAAACCACCAAGCUUUAG